UUCAGUGGGGAAAAUCUUCCUUUCGAAAAGAAAAAUAACAAACACACAACUUUCCCCCCUUUUAAGCCCAUACUGCUUCUUCCAAGGUUGACGCUUCUCCUUCUCUGACCCGAACAGCCACCAAGCCACGUCCCCAUGGAUGAAUGGGAAGCCCCUCAGUGGAAGAAGGAAGUCGAAAGCCUUAAGUACCAGCUGGCUUACAAGAGGGAGAUGUCCUCAAAAACGAUCCCCGAAUUUCUUAAGUGGAUAGAAGAUGGCAUUCCAGAAGAUCCAUUUCUGAACCCAGAGCUGAUGAAGAACAAUCCGUGGGUGGAAAAGGGGAAAUGCACCAUCCUCUAACCCAUUGCCUCGCAAAAUUUCGUCCACAAUGAAUAAAAAUGGCUUCCUUUUGAGUUACUCAAAAUUGCAUGAAAACUUAAUGUAUAAAGUUUUUAUUUUAGUUCCUCACGAUGGCUAAACUCGCACUUUUACUGCCCCU